UAUUGAUAGAUUAUUCUGCAAAUUCAAUCUUAGAAGUUCCGUGGCCCAGGCCAUUUCGCGAUUACCUGUAUGAUGGUAUCGUUCCUUCCUCAAUACUUUCGAAGGAUCAGGAUAAUAAUGAGAUUGCCACCCCCAUUCGACAACCAAGUCCAGUGAUAUCUGUAUCUCCUUCACUCGUGACAAAAAUACCCUCAAUAAAUCCUUCACUCGCAACCACCAAAUAUUUUUCGUUGAUUUUACGAAACGAGACCCUUUCUCCGGAUGGAAACCUUCGCAAUGUCUUGACAAUUAACCAUAACCUUCCUGGUCCUUCAAUAACUGUAAAUAAGGGCGAUACCGUAAAUAUCAAUGUGACAAAUUUGUUGGGAGUCCCAACAAGUAUUCAUGCGCAUGGUAUUGAUCAAUGGAAUACACCGUUUAUGGACGGUGUACCGUAUGUCACUCAAUGUCCUAUCGAGAAUGGAAGCUGGUUUGUUUAUGAGUUUGCGGUCUUCGAGAGUGGUACUUAUUGGUAUUACUCGGCAUACGGAACUCAAAGAAUCGACGGACUUUAUGGUGCGCUAAUAGUAACGGACCUCAAGGAGGAAGAAUUAUAUGGAUAUGAUGACGAAAAAAUAGUGAUUCUGUCGGAUUGGUAUCACGAUCAAGGUGGAGAAUUGUUGAGAAAAUAUGUGUUUGAGAGUGACGAUGAGCCAAUCCCCCGUAGUGCAUUAAUAAACGGCAAGGGUAUUUCUAAUUGUAACGAAGGGUCAAUUGAAAAAUUUUAUUUUAAGACAGGGAAAAAAUAUCGUUUGAGAAUUAUCAACUCAAGUGCAAUGACGAAAUUUUAUUUCUCAAUCGACGGCCACAUGCUACAAGUCAUUGAAGUCGAGGGCACCCUAACAAAUCUCUCCAAACCAUACCACCGAAUCCCGAUUCAUGUCGCCCAACGAUAUUCGAUAAUACCCACUCGACUGGUUCAACAUGAGAACGUUUCAAGUUUUUGGAUGAGAGCAGAGAUUGAUAAGAAUAGCUAUGGUGAUUUGAAUUCCUUCCAAGAAUGGGACGCGAGGAAGAAAAUGGAGGUGCAAAUGCUUGACGACGAGGUUUUUGCUGUGUUAAUAUAUAAACAGAAAUACGACAGAGAAUAUGUCAAGGAAAAUACUCAUGCUUCUAACCCUAAGACCAAUAGCUGGAGUUCAAUGAGCACGAAGGGUAAGGCGCGCAAUUCUAUUGAUAAUAAAAGCGACGAUAUUCUCGAGGGCUGGUGUGAUUACAACGAAUACGGUGACAGCGAAGAAGCUAGAAGAACGAAUAUUGCUGAAGAACAAUACAAUAAUGGAACCAUCGAAUUGCUGGAUAUGGAUCCCUUCGAUUUAAAAUCGUAUAUCAAUGAAAGAAUACCGAAGAAUACGGCAUUUUACAAAAUGCUGAUGGUUGUGAAGGAAGGUUUCACGAAAGCAUCAGAAACGAUGGUACCGCAAACGUCUCAACCCUCUGUAUCAAGUAUAGAACACAAUUCCAUCGUCAUCCACAUACAUCACCAUAUAAACAAAAGAUUUUCUCCUCCCAAUUCCUCGAAUCAAUCAUUCACCUACAACUCUAGUGCGACAACUUAUGGAAGUUCAGACGUCAUCCGAUCCACUUAUGCUACAAUAUCAUCGAAAACUCGAGGCGCUUAUUAUUACACUCAGAAUAAGACCACGUCAACCAUUUAUGAGGUGUUGAAAGGUGAAAGAAGAAAAUUCGAGCCCGAAUGGAAUGCAUAUGUGACAAAUUCCUUUGGUGUCAUGGAUAUGCACGGCCACAAAUUUUGGGUGCUUGGAAGAGGAAAAGACGGCACACAAUUAAGUCUGAACGAGACGAUUCCACUUAAGAGAGACACUGUUGGUGUUCCUGCGCGUGG